AUGCUGCUGCUAACCGGAAGCCUGUGGUCUCCACACAUGCUACAGCAAGGGCCUCUUUGGCAACGGGGCAUGGGCUUGAAUCAAAACUGGCAUCCCAGGCUGUUUCGCGCAGUCAUUGCUUGCUUUCCGCCAACACGUGUGCCGCCGGAAGGCUAAGCGUGGCUGGCUCGAGAAUGGCAGGACAAGCCAGUCCAGUUAUGGUAUGCGCCACGAGACAAGCAACGUCUACCGACCGCAUUCCAGGCAACAUGAAAUGACAGGAGCAUGCUUGUUCCGAACUGGUACAUUUGGCCAGAGACGGUCGGCAAGAAACCCCCUCGUGUUGUUUCGCUCGAGCGAGAGAAGCGGCACUCGGACUAUCUGGCCGGAGGGGCCGGCAAAAGUUGCUAUUGAUGAUCUGGGGUACUGUCGGGAAUUAUGUAUGGCGCUUCCCGGGGACGAGGUGAAAUGUGGCUUUUGCGCGUCAAAAGCAACCCUGCCUACGUCUGCUCAUCACCAUGUGUUGCGAGGGCCAUGUAGAACUUGGGGAGGCGAAGCUGCGCUGUCCCAUCAUCAGAGAGACGGGUCUUGGGCGGAAUCCCAUACCAUACCAUACCAUACCAUACCACACCAUGCGGAUUCCCCCAGCAAAAACUACCCUGGAAAAGGGUGUGGUACGCCGAUGGUUACUAGCCGAGGCUUCCCUCAGCUCGUUGGGGAUGUGGAGAUUAGCGUGCGAUUUGUGAUUCAUCUGUUUCCUGUUUUUGUGUACAUAUAUAUAUAUGUACGUUUCACGGGCCCUGCGAGGCAUGCGUGGGUCACGACAUCCUUUCCCCUUUUUUUCUUCUUUGUGUUUUCCCCUUGAUCUCGGGAUCUCCAGCUUCGUCUCGGACAUGGGUUCACGGUGCAUGCAUUUGCCAGAUAUUUCCGUUUCAGACAAGAGGCGCAUGUGGAGUUUCGGUCA